CAGAAACUGGAAACACAACAUAGCAAGACGGAAUGUAGACACAACUUCUACUCCUUAAGAGUUGUCAAAAGCUGGAAUUCGCUGCCGGCCGAGCUAGUCCAAGCGACUUCUCAGGAGUCCUUCAAGAGGCAACUUGACCUAUUCUUAAGGACCAAGGACAGCAUCACAUUAUGAUUUACCAAUUUCUUUUCCUUUUUUAUUGUUAACAUACCUAGGUUCCUGCCUGGAGGAUUUGGUGAUCCCCUGCUACUAGACACGGAAGCCUGUUAAGCGAAAGCUUCUUCUAUUCCGUCCACAACCAUUUGAACCAUUUGAACACACAAAGUGCCGUCAGUCUAGACGCAAAGUGCUUAAGACCGAAAUUCAUAGGUUUCUUUUCAAGUGUGAUGGGUGAUUUGGAUACCUCCCAUGCAACCUUGGUUGAUGGGUCUGUGUUGGAGAGUGGCGGUCAAAUCCUACGUAACGCUGUCUCGAUAGCAGUGAUAACGAAAAGACCCAUCGAGUUGUUUAAUAUUCGAGCUGGUCGACAGGAUCCAGGUCUCAGGUGGUUAUUUUUGUUAUUAGUAGAUUUCGUUCCCAGAAGUCAACACGCAGCUGCCGUCGAACUCGCUAGUAGAGUGUGUUGUGGUCAUUUAUUGUCGUGUGCAGUUGGAUCUAUGGAAAUUCGGUUAAUACCUGGUCAGAUUUCUCCCGGUUCGUAUGAAGCUGAUGCUAAGACGGCAGGGUAUGUCAGUAAAACUAUUUACAAGCUUUAUGUAAGGUCAGUCUCACUGAUGCUACAAGCUGUAGCGCCAGUGUUAGCGUUUGCUUCCAAUCAGAGUGAACUGUUGUUGCGUGGUGGUACAGAUACAUUGUUUGCACCUCCAAUCAACUAUAUGAUUGAGGUAACUUAUAAAAAUACAAAGACUAAAGUUUGUCAGGUAACAUCACAUUACUUUAGAAAAAUGGGUUUGGUUUGUGAGGUAAAAGUCGUUCGACGGUGAGUGCUUAUUAAUCGUUGAUUAUGAAGGCAGAGGGUUUCAUCCAUUAGGUGGAGGGGUUGUCAAAGUACUGAUUUCACCUUUAAAAGAGCCACUUUCUCCCAUUUCUUUGUUAAAUUCAGGAACCGUUGAGAAAGUCAGUGGUUAUUCUCUUGUUGCAGGAAGAGUUCCACUAAAGGUAAUGUCACUUGUUGUUGUUAAAAAACCUAAAAUAACUUAGUUUUCACUUUCAAAAUGACCUGUUUGGUACGUGUGUGGUUAAUUUUUGUUCAUUUGAAAUAUGCACUUUUAAAUAUUCCGCGUAAUAUCUGUAAUAACCGUAAUAACAACCCUGUGGGUAGUCCUUGAUCCCCUAGAUAAUAGAGUUUGUGGAUAUUACUUGUGCUUGGUGACAACUAAUGAUUUCUAAAACUUGUAUUUAAUUUCUGACCUAUAUAGGUUUCAUGGUGACUAUAAAUUACCUAGAAUUCUCAUCUAGCAUUGUAACGUGACCUGGAGAUCUACUGCUAGUGACAGUCGUCCGCGUAGUAGUGGUUGUUUGUAUUUUUAUAAGUGUUGUUAUUCGUGUGCGCAGACUUUGCAUAGUUCAUCAAAUAAUACAUUGAAUGUGUAGCACAUAUUAGUUCAUUUAUGUCACUCCUUGAAAAUCCUUUUCUCAUAACAAGUCGAUUUACAGUUUGAGACCAGUUUACAGGAUUACUUGUUCGUUUAAAUGCCCAAGGUAUGCCAUUUAAAUCGUCACCAUUUUACGUCUUUUUAACGUGAAAUCAGGUGCGUAACUUAAAGUGUUUAGGUGUUCGUCUUCCCAAAACGUUCUACUACACUUGCAUAAGUACUUAGUAGCAGUGUUAGUAAUGUAAUUUUUACUGCAAAAUAGCGUUUACUUUUCUAGACCACAUGAAAGCUGUGCAUUAAAAUAUUCUGACGUUAUUUACUCAAUAAAAUUAAUCUUACGGAGUUUGAUUGUAUCUUGAUACAGCAUUCUUUGAACUAUUUUUGUUUUCGAUCUUAUUAAUUUAGGUUGCUCAUGAAGUGAAAGAUGAGGCGUUGCGUUGUCUCAGCAAAUGUUUCUCAUGUCCUAUAAAUAUUGAUUCAUUCCAAGAAAGCAGUGAUCGUUGUAAGGGCAACGUUGCGGCAUUUAUGUUCGUUAUGCAUACUUCAACAGAUUGCCGUCUGGCCGUUACUGGAAUUAUUAAUCCUCGAGAUCAUCAUUAUAGGCAAAUGGUCUCAGAAGCCUGUCAGUCACUUUAUAACUAUUCCAAAUUUGGAAUAUGUUGUGACGAUUAUAUGCAAGAUCAGCUUAUAGUGCUUAUGGCAUUAGCUAAGGGAAAUUCAGAAAUACGUUGCGGGCCGUUGACAUUACAUACAAAGACCGCAAUAUAUGUUGCAGAACACUUACUUGGUGUUAAAUUCGAAGUAACCACGAAUGAUGGAUCUUCAGUCAUAUCGUGCAAUGGUGUUGGAUACACACCCGAACAUUUGAAAAAUUCUUGUUCAUAAUUCUUCUUUUAAUGUUUAACAGUGCUUUCAAUUUCACUUGUGUUGUUUAUCACUUGCUUUGUUCUUUUUAUUAGAAAGAAUUUUCAGUCUGAUCUCUUGUCUUAUUUUCACAAGGAACUUCUUGUGCAAAUACAGUUUGCUUUAAGUCGUAUUUUUUUAAAAGUGAGAAUAUCAACUGUUACGUAACGUUGGGAUAAAAUCCAUCAUUAACUCUAGUGACAAUUAAUAGUUCUGACAGCCCGUUUCGAUUCCUUUGAUCACACCAUUAGGCACAAUGCGACUUCGAAUUUCGAAGUUAUAUAUACGGCCUGUUUAAUUCCACAAACACUCACGAAAUUCGAGUUCAGAUAUAUCUUUAGGAAGCAUAGAGAUGGUUCACUCUGAUUUCUUGUCGAAAAAUGAAAUGUUGGUGUUAUGGUUCGUUAUUGCUUGAAUGCUAUUACUGAUGCGUCUUACUCGAACGAACGAAGGAUCAAUGAUUCAGCGACUCGAUAGCUAUUCUGGUUCGUGGUCCCUGACUCUGCUAACCCGAUCAAGAAGUCUGGGUAAGGUGUAGAAAGUGUAUUCUACAGAUAAACAGCAGAUAACAAGUCAGGCAGGCAGAUCAGAUCAAGCAUACAAGUCAAGCGUAUUUAUACAAUUAUUUACAAUCGAUAUUGUCAUAGAAAAUUUUUAAACAUUAAUCAAUGAGUUCAUUAAUUGACCUAUUUGCGCAUUUAAUCGAUAGUUCAUCAAUUGACCCCAAUAAAAAUAUUUAACAUUUGAUCGAUAAGAUAAAAUUUAAAAUUAUGAGUUUGGGGAUAUCCCAACAGUUGGAUAGAAUUCAAUUAACAGUACUUAGGAAGUAGACAGUAUGAAAUUGUAUCUUGCGAAAUGACCAUAGAUAGAGACAACAGUGUGGAACCUAACACAUAGUUUAUUAGUUCAAUUUACCACAUUUUUGUGCCACUAAAGAAGAACUAAGGCGCUAUCAUUGACAAGAAGCUGAAGUAAAUUAGAAAUGUCAAGGUGAUGAAUAAUAAGUGGAUCUGUGCCACUGUCGUAUGUCCAUAUGUAUAUUCAGUGCCAAGUGAUUUUAUGCCAUUGAAAUGGAUUGGAAAAUUAGUUUGAUACGAUGAGUGACACUAAAUGUG